CCUCGCGAACACGGCUGCUAGUCACGAGCCUCGCCUCGCCACGCCUCCUCUCCAUUCUCCCCCACCAACCGCAGCAGCGAGACUGAGAAUGGCCGCGGCGCCGUCGUCCCUCGCGUCCUCCCACCUCUCCCGCCUCGCCGACCUCCGCCGCGCCGCGGCGGUGGCCACUCCCGCCGUCCCACAGCAGCUUCGCAUCGGCUGCUCGCGCCGCCGCGCCCAGCGCGUCGUCGCCAUGGCUGGAUCCGGCAAGUUCUUCGUCGGAGGCAACUGGAAGUGCAAUGGAACAAAGGACUCCAUUAGCAAGCUUGUUUCUGAAUUGAAUGCUGCUACCCUCGAAACUGAUGUAGAUGUUGUGGUGGCACCUCCAUUCAUCUAUAUCGAUCAGGUCAAGAAUUCACUAACUGGUCGCAUUGAGGUUUCUGCUCAGAAUGUGUGGAUUGGAAAAGGAGGAGCCUACACCGGAGAGAUCAGUGCAGAACAAUUGGUGGACAUUGGUGUUCAGUGGGUUAUUCUUGGACACUCUGAGCGUAGGCAUAUUAUUGGUGAAGAUGAUGAGUUUAUUGGGAAGAAGGCUGCAUAUGCAUUGAGCCAAAAUGUUAAGCUUAUUGCCUGCAUAGGAGAGCUCCUGGAAGAGAGGGAAGCAGGGAAAACUUUUGAUGUAUGUUUUACGCAGAUGAAGGCUUUUGCAGAUAGUAUUUCAAACUGGGCCGAUGUUGUAAUUGCAUAUGAGCCUGUUUGGGCUAUUGGAACUGGAAAAGUUGCUACUCCUGAGCAGGCCCAGGAAGUUCAUGCCGCUGUACGCGAUUGGUUGAAGACCAACGUAUCACCUGAAGUUGCCUCUAGCACUCGAAUAAUCUAUGGAGGUUCUGUGAAUGCAGCCAAUUGUGCAGAGCUAGCAAAGAAAGAAGAUAUUGAUGGUUUUCUUGUUGGCGGUGCCUCCUUGAAGGCACCGGAUUUCGCCACCAUUGUCAACUCAGUGACUGCCAAGAAAGUUACUGCGUGACGCGCCCUGUUAGAAAUAAGUUGUCAUCAGUGUGUCAGCUCAUCUGCCACGCCAUAAAGCCUGUGAUUGUGGGAGGUGCUCCGUGUGAGAAUGUGAUUGUGUGCCGUCACCUCCUGGUUUUUGCUGAUUUUGCAGCACGGAAACAGAAAAUAAUGCAAGAUGUCAUCAUCUUUUUUUGUUCUCGUAGACCUUGUGUACGUGACGGGAGUUCAGUUGUAUGUGAGCGAUGUAAGUUGGGAAUAUUGUGUUGUGUGUCCUUUUUUGUGGAAAAUAAUUUGUUGACAGUCGAGGAGAAUGAUAAGUGUCUUUUUUUAUGCCCAA